AUGAAUCCGCUCAGCCAGCGGGAUUAUUUAAAUGAAGUGAAAGAAAUCGAUUUUCAUUUCCGAAUUGUCGCUUGUUCCAUCAUUGUCGUGUGGCUCACUUUGAUUGGAGUGUCUUACACAUUUGCUCCCAAAGAGAGUUUGGAGGUCUUGGAUGGACCUGAGCUUUACGCAGCUUUCUUUUCUGCUUCCUUUCUUGGUUUUAGUUUGCUGGCACGUUUCUUUCAAUUGCUGUGGUUGGAAUCCAAACCCAAUAAUGCUCGCAUGAGCGGAGUUUUGUGGGCCUCGCUAGCAGUCCAAACGGUAGCCAUGAGCACCAACGCAUUAAUGGCCUGCGGGAUUCCCAUUCCAGUGAUGAUGGAUCCUGUUUUAAAUACAAGAGUCUUUCUCUUACGGUGGUGCGAAUGGACGUGCCUCAGUUUUUGCAUGACCUUUGUCGUGGCUGGUGUCGAUCCUGCGUCUGGCAUUAAAACGGGUUAUGUGAUUGGUGCCUCUCAAUCUUUGUCCACUGUCUGUGGGCUGAUAUUCCCUUUCUGUCAGACCGUCGAGUCUUGGACCGUAUGGAUGAUCAUUUCCUGCGUCUUGUGGUGCGGCAUUUUUGUAGCCCUCUUUCAACAAAAGAAAUCCUUUGGCAAAAUGGAAAAGGGCUGCAGUGCCCAUUCGGUCGAACUCUGGGACCGGGCCAAUUUGUCAUACAAACUAAUGAUGACCUGUUCCAUUGCAUGGUCCACCUUGGUGCUCAUGUAUUUCUUUGCAGGAGCAGCUGCAUUCUAUAGACCACCCGGAGUGCCGGAUUCCCAGCUGCCCAUCUUUCAACGAACCUAUUUCAUCAUGUUGUGGGAAGCCACCAUGGACGUCGUCCUCAAAAACUUGUAUAUGGAUAUCAUUGUCCAAGUCCACAAGGUGGCCUUUGAUGACAGCGAACGAGCCGAACGCCGACUGGCGGAACUCCGCCAACAAAUGUCCGCCAUUUGGGAACGCUCGUCAGAUGCCAUUUGCGUCUCGGUCCAAGGAAUCGGUGGCGCCAUUACCACCAUGGUCAGUCCGGCUUAUCUCCGGGAAUUUCAUGGGAUCUCCUCCAAACCAAAGGCGAUUGUCUUUGAAGUCGACGAAAAACACAUUCGCCGCAAAAAUUACUCCAAGUUGCAGGUGAGGACCGUACGAGAAAUCAAUUUUCCCGUACUGCCCACCUCUGGGUCCAAGGUAUUCCGCAAAAAUACCGAAGGCAAGGAUAGCAACCUUAGCAACAGCAGCAAGAACAACAAUCGUCACAGGAGCAACAACAAUGUGAGUGUUGGGGCAACCGAUGAAACGGCGGCUGGUGAAUUUGGUCUGGGCACCAUGGAAAUUGACGUGGACGAGAGUCUCCUCACCUCUUUGGCCGGUAUGGUGGGCCGUGCCUGGAACCAAAAGACUGGCAGUCGAAGCAUGAAUCACCGACUAUUAAAAAUUGCCGAUGGAGCCAAAGUCUUUAUCAAAUGCGAAGCCAACAUUUGUACCCUUGAUAAUGAUGCCAUGUUAAUGGUGGUCCGAGACAUUUCGGAACGGACCAAACGCUUUGAAGCGGAAAAGAAGACCAUCUUAGAGACGACUGCCAGAAAGAAGGAUGCCGAAGCCAAUAGAUUCACUCGACAUGAAGUCAAGAAUGGUCUUUUGGCAGCCAUUGAUUUGUGCGAGAGUCUCAAGGAGUCAACCUUUGCGGUUGGUGGUGGUCAUGGUAGUGGUAACGGUCAACCAAGAGUGCAAGAUGGGCAGCUUGCGCGGGCUGGAACCACCUCCCAACUAUCCUCUGCUGUUGCUAGUAGUAGAGCGGUGCUGGCCAAUUUGAAUUCUGAGGCGAGUGCUGGCGAUAGAGAUCAAUCGCCUAACAACCAAAACAUUGCCGUUUACACGGAAGAACUCGACAAGACACUCAAGACGAUUCUGGAUACAAUUCUAUCCGAGGCGAUGGCACGAGAUGUCAUCCAUGGGAAUUAUGAACCCAAAUUGGAACGUGUCGAACUAAAGCAGUUACUUCAUGCUUCGGAAACGAUGCACGACCAAUUCUCCUUGCAAGUCUCCCCAUCGCCAAUGCCAUCACUACAUUUGGAUCCACAGCUACUUUUGUACAUACACCGAAACGCUGUGAGCAAUGCCUGUAAAUACGGAAGGGUCAAUGGGCCAGUCACCACAAAGGUGUCCUAUGACGAAUCGACGCAAUUGCUACAAAUGGAGGUUGUCAACCUGCCUGGGCCAGAACACGAAGCACUGUUGAAAUUGGGUUCCAGUGCUCCGGCUCAAGUCUUUGCGCCAGGCCAGAGGCUGCAUCAAAAGGAAAGCUCGCAUUCGGCAGGAGAUGGUGCUUGGAUCAUGCAAAAAUGUGCCGAAACAUUGAGAGGGAAUGUCGACAUUCGAUUUGAAUCCGAUAUGACGGUCUUUACUCUGGUGUGCCCUGCGAAGAAAUUUGAAUUGUCCGUCAAGUCCGAACACUUCCAGAUUCCAAAGAAUGCAUGGGGAGUUGCAAUUGAUGAUUCCAAGAUUCAAAGGAAACUUCUUUCAAGGUUCCUCUCCCAUGCCGGAGUUGCGGAAUCACGCCAGAUUGUCAAGGGAUAUACGACCGAAGAAAUUGAAUCCUUUGACUCUUUCCUCGUGGACCUUGUGGAACGAAACCCCAAUGACUAUUUUUUGGUGGUGGCGGAUGAAAACUUGGACAUUACCGAGAAUGGAACCUUGAAAGUCACUGUGUCUGGUUCGGAGUGCAUACAAAAAGUGCGACAACGGCUGGAUCCCACGCUGGAAGCCAGAAUGCUAAGUCUUGUUAGGUCUGCCAAUGACUCUUCUCAAGAUAUUGCAACCUAUCUCUCUCGCGCCCAUGGAUUUAUUCCAAAGGCACCAGUACGAUCGUCGUCUGUGGUGGAGGCGAUUGCUCCACUCUGGGAGCAGCGAUUCAAUUACUUGCCAACAAGGGCGAGCCCUACUACUUGUGCUGCAGUACCGGAUUUGAAUUCCGGUGGAGCAGCAAUAUCCGACUUUCUAUCCCUUGUGGUGCAGGAACUCCUGGCAAACUUGGAUGCCGUGGAUGAAUUGUGCUCGGAAGAAUCAGACUCUUCUUUGAAGGAGAACUGGCCGUUUGUAUGGGAGAAACUGCAUUGUUUGAAAGGCGAUCUUUCCAGUCUUUUCAAUACUCCAAGUAUUGAGCAAGCUGUAGUGGAAAUUAAUUCCAUGCGAGGCGCCGAGUUGCCUGUCGAUUUCGAGGUUCGAUGGGGGGCUCUGCGUUCGCGAAUAUCCGACAUUGCGUCGACGAUCGGUGGGAAGAAGCUGGACGAAGAAUCAUCAGUACCAGUGGGGAUUGCACGAAAGAGAUCCAUUUCGGAGUCUUGUCUUACUACUAGCACUCCAACAACAUCGAAGAAGCUUCGAGCCAGCUAA